UUUUGACACAUCGAUAAUAACAGAAUCAGCUGUCGAAAAUAUCUGCGAACAAGAAUUUUAUGUAAAGCAAUUAUAAAAUAAGAAAUGAUGAAUGUUGAAACUGUAAAUCCCUUAAAUACUUUCGAUCCGAAAAAUCCUCAUGGACUAGGCGAUCCAAAUGAUAAGUCACUUCGCAAGGUUGAGAUCGAAGUGCUUAUACCUAAAAUAAUGCGAGACCGGGCAAAGGAGUUGCACUGUGCAGAGGAAGUAAAAUCGUUCGAGACAUGCUGCAAAGGCAGUGGCGUUUUGAUGGUGAUUUCCUGUCGCAAAGAAAACUCACAUUUAAAAGAAUGCCUUUCCAAAUGGUAUAAGGAUGAAGCUUUCAAAGAUGAAUGUAAAAAAAUUUACCUCCAAGAGAGAUCAGACUUUCGUAGCACUGGCAUCCCAAAGAAGCAUAGAGUAGAAAAAGUUUAGUUUAAACAAUACAAUAAGCAUAUUCUGAUUUAUUAUUGAACAUUUCGUUGUUGACUUUGUUGCACAAAUGAUGUGUAAUUAAAACGUUUAAUCACAGUUUCGGCUAUUGAAA